ACUUUAUAUGUCAUGUACCCUGGUGCAAAUUAUAUCUGAAAUACCUGUAUAGAAAUAUGAAGCUCAUAUUUCCCUUAAAAUAAAUGCCUGGUUUGACAAAGUUUCUGUAUAUCUGGUGCAGCCAUGUGGUGCAAAAUUAUCAAAGGGUGUAUUGGCUCCUUCUUAUCAAUGUCAUCAACUGCAGUUGUCAUAAAGUUUCUGGUGGAGAGGAAUGGCAACAAUGCUCUUCAUGGUCAAGUCACAAUUGGAACUCUUAUUUUUCAGGAUUGUUCUGUUGGCGUACUGUUUGCUCUUCUCCCUGUUUUGGGUGGAAAUAGUGGCCUUUUGAAUGGGAUGAUUUCAAUGGCAAAGCAAUUGCUUGUGCUAUCUAUAUUCCUUACCACUGCAUCUAUAUUAUCUUGGUCCUUUGUUCCUCACUUCUUGAAGCUAAUGAUACAACUAUCUUCACAGACCAAUGAACUUUAUCAGCUUACUGCUGUAGCAUUCUGUUUAUUAUCUGCUUGGGUAAGUGCAAAACAAUCUUCCUUCAAUGCACCAUAGUAAAUAGUGUAGUAUCUUUUUCUGUUAUCCUGCCAGUUACCUGCUGAUCCAUCAUUUACUAUCUGCUUUCAGUGCUGUAGUUUUUUUGACUUACUUUCUAAGAGCAAUGUAAACCAAUAUUCUCAUUUGUUUUGAAGAUCACCUGGUAUUGUGGGCAAGAAAAAUAUUUCCAAGGAGCAAAACAAGUAUAAAAAAGAAGUUGUUUUUGCCCAAGAAUAGCCAAUGCUACUUGACUGUAAUAUAAACAAUAGUCUUUGUCUAAAGAAGCUUUGCUUUGUCCACCAAAAGGAUUUUGUACUGCCCUAGAGACAAAACCAAUUAGUAUUAAUGAACUCCCUGCACGAACAGGACCCCUCCAUUAA